AUGAGUGAAGUUGAAUGCGCAAUUUGUUGUGAUGACGUACCCGUAACCAAUUUCAUGAGCACAACUACAAAAUGUAACCACAAAGUAUGCAGAACGUGUCUUAACAAACAUAUUGAUUACCAAUUGAAUGGAAAAGGUAAUGUCGAAAUUAACGAUUGCAAGGUCUUGAUGGAAUAUGAAGACAUGAAACGAAUUACUAGUGAGGAUUUGUUUAAAAGAUAUGACCAUCUUUGUCUUCGCCAAGCUAUACGAAAAUUGGAAGAUUUUCGAUGGUGUUCAGAUGCAUGCGGUUCAGGACAAGAACAUUUUGAACAAGAUAAUGCACCAAUAAUGGUUUGUGCCGCAUGUGGAAAAAUGACUUGCUAUAAGCAUUCUAUUCCGUGGCAUGAAGGCCGCACUUGUGCAGAAUACGAUAUUGAGAUAGAGGCCCCUGAAGGUGCCACACUUCAUGCAAUCGAACGUGAGACCAAACCUUGUCCCAAAU